GAUACACGCACACAUGUCAAUAUAACCUCUAUACACAGAGAGAUUAGAUUGACAUGUGACUGUGCGUGUCUUGCGUUUCGCGAACUGCGAAUUAUGUAGACCGGGUUCACCGGGCUUUACAGUCGCGUCAUCGUCAUCAUCGUCAACGCAAAAGAAUGAAACGUUCAAUCGGUGAUUAUCCUUUUUUUCCGUUUGUCCGUGCGAUUCGCAUUCGCACGUGUGACUGUGAGAGAGAAAGGAGACGAGACACGAGACGAGAGGCGACGCGACGCGAGUGACGCAACGCAACACCCUCUAAAAUCGCAAUCAGAUACGUUCUGCGAGUUUAGAGUUUAGAGCUGGCUCGACUCGAGAGAGAUGCCCGAACAGAACGUUGGCGAUCAGUAUCCAACAUGGGUCGGGCUCGUGUACGUCUUCAAUCUCAUCGUUGGAACAGGCGCUUUGACUUUACCCGCUGUAUUCAGUCGAGCAGGAUGGGCACUUGGAUUAAGCGUUAUUUUAGUGUUAGCGUUUAUCAGUUUCAUCACGGUUACAUUUGUCAUAGAAGCAAUGGCAUCUGCCAAUGCUAUCGUUACGUGGAGGCAUAUCCAGCAUAGAAAACGAGUCUUACGGACAGUAGGUGAAUCUGGUCCUUCCAAUUCAGAUUCAGAGGACACUCCGUUGGUAGCUUCUCUCUCGACUAGUCCAGAUCGUUUGGAUAUGACUUGUAGAUAUUAUGUGAUUCAGGAUAAAAUAGAGAUGGGCCAGAUGGCAUCCAUUUUUUUCAAUAGAUUUGGCAUUACCCUAUUCUACUUGUGUUUCGCCAUAUAUCUAUAUGGAGAUUUAAGCAUUUACGGUGCAGCGGUCGCAAAGUCAAUAGCCGAUGUCGCCUGCACUUAUUUGCCAAAAAAUCUUACGUGCAACGACACUAUACCAGAUACUGAGCUUUGCUGGGAAGGUCCUGCGUUUAAUCGACUGGAUGCAUAUAGAAUAUUCCUGACCAUGUUUGUAUUAUUAUUGGGCCCGUUUGUAUUUUUCAACGUCCAAAAGACCAAGUAUCUUCAACUACUGACUUCUGUAAUGCGAUGGCUCGCAUUCACUAUAAUGAUCGUGUACGCUUUAAAAAAUCUCUUUGUGCACGGCGCUCGUGGCGAUCCACCUGUCGCGAGUUUAGCCGGGAUUCCCAGUCUUUUCGGUGCUGGCGUUUACUCCUUCAUGUGUCAUCAUUCAUUACCGGCUUUGGUAGCGCCAAUAGCGAACAAGUCUAAACUAAAUCGAUUUCUAGCUCUCGAUUACACCCUAAUCGCUCUCUUUUAUUUAUUAUUGGCUCUAACUGGCAUCUUUGCCUUUGAGCGUUUGGAUGAUCUUUAUACCUUGGAUUUCGGACCACGCGGUUUGGGUGAUUGUUCCAAGAGUGACAAUAUUUUUAUGCUCCUUAUGGAAUAUUUCCUAGCACUUUUCCCAGUAUUCACUCUGAGUACCAGUUUUCCCAUUAUAGCGAUUACCCUCCGAAAUAAUUUGCAAUCACUUUUUUUAAAAGAGGAUACAUUUUACACUUUAUGUCUUCAGAAACUCGUCUUCCCCAUCUUGGCAGUAGUACCGCCGUACCUGAUCGCGAUGACUACCAAAGAUCUAUCGAUAUUAGUUGGUAUCACAGGCUCGUACGCUGGAGCAGGAAUACAGUAUUUAAUACCUACGUUCCUGGUUUAUUACGCCAGGAAAAAGACCAACAAGGUCAUCGGCCUCGGGGUUAUUAAUAAAUUCGCAAGUCCCUUCUCGGGCAGGUGUUGGUUAACUUUCGUUGUGGUAUGGGCUAUUACUUGUAUGAUUUUAGUGUCGGUCAAUUUCAUACAAGUGCAUUUGCAAUCUUGGAUCAGUCAAUAACAAAAUGAAAAUUAUAUAUUUAUAUCGUAAUCGAAAGAGAUUUUGAUUUUUGUACUGUAGGCUCUAUCAGAGACAAAAUAUGCAGGAUGUUUAUGAAAGGCGACACUAUGUAUCUUCAUUGAUACGUUACAAAACUUAUCAACAGCAAAACGAUGUAUGGAUCAGUGAAUGGACCGCAGAAUCACGCAGAAUUAUUAAAGCAGCAAUUGGUUGAUCGAUAUUGUCGAUUGUAUCGGGGUAUUUAACCCCGCACGCGAACCGAAUAACGACGACUAAAUAAGCACGGGAUGAGAGCGAUGAUGCUGUACUGUAACGUGACUGAUUCGUAAGCCUGUGGAAUUUUUCCCAACAUGAGAUACCGAUAAGUGUAAGGUGUAAGGUGAUCGUUAUUUGUGGCAGGAUACACUCAUACGUACGUGUGACAAACCGACAAUACUUCGGUAAAAGUCAAAUAUCGAAUAAGUUUAAUAUUGGGGAUACAGCAAUGUAGAGAACUGUAGAAAAAAAAAUGUUUAUCUUUAUACGUACAUAUAUUUUACUUUUGUAGAGUCGUCCCGGGAGUCGCCGGGACAGAUAUGCGUGAUUUCUUUAUCGUAUGGAGAUUCUAUACUAACGAACUGCGUCUUUAUAUUUAAACUUUUUUUUUUAUACGUUAAGGUAAUCCCUCAUGUUUGUGUAUUUAUAAUAAAAUAAUGUGUGGUAGCGACGAUAGCAAAGGUAUGAUAUUACGAUGUUUUUUUUAAGAUUAUAUUUUUGUACAAGAUACGUAUGAAACUGCCAAAAAGGUAUUUGCAGCAUGUCCGCCACAUCUGUGUACCUGUGCAAGUGUAGUGUACAAUGAAGAAUAUUGCGGGUGUUAUAUGUAUAUAUUCCAAAAGCAAUUAAAACGGAUAAUAAUAAAUAGUUGAUUAUACAA